UGGGAGCCUCUGUUUAUGUCGGGGGUCACCGGAAUAUUCCUGCCCCCGCGCCGCCUCCCUCCGCCGCCGCGCGGUCACAGCGCCGAGCGAGGGCGGCAGGCGGCGCGGCUGCAGCGCCGCGGGGAGGGCCGCGCCGGUGGCCGUCUGCAGCCGCGUGUCCGCCGCUCCCCUCGCCGUCCCUGGGGCGCUGUGCGGCCCCCGUCGGGGACCGAAGCCGCCGGCCGUCGCGGGCGGCCGGAUCCGCGUCCCGCCUCAGCGCCCGGAGGACAUGCGGGAGAGAGAAUGAGCCAGAGGGACACGCUGGUGCAUCUGUUUGCCGGGGGAUGUGGAGGUACAGUGGGAGCUAUUCUGACAUGUCCACUGGAAGUUGUAAAAACGCGACUGCAGUCGUCGUCUGUGACGCUUUACAUCUCUGAAGUUCAGCUGAGCACCAUGGCUGGAGCCAGUGUCAACCGAGUAGUGUCUCCUGGACCUCUCCAUUGCCUAAAGGUGAUCUUGGAAAAAGAAGGACCUCGUUCAUUGUUUAGAGGAUUAGGCCCUAAUUUAGUAGGGGUGGCCCCUUCCAGAGCAAUAUACUUUGCUGCUUAUUCAAACUGCAAGGAAAAGUUGAAUGGUGUAUUUGAUCCUGAUUCUACCCAGGUACACAUGAUUUCAGCUGCAAUGGCAGGUUUUACUGCAAUCACAGCGACCAACCCCAUUUGGCUUAUAAAGACCCGCUUACAGCUUGAUGCAAGGAACCGUGGGGAAAAGCGAAUGGGGGCUUUUGAAUGUGUUCGUAAAGUGUAUCAGACAGAUGGACUUAGAGGAUUUUAUAGGGGCAUGUCUGCUUCAUAUGCUGGCAUAUCAGAGACUGUUAUCCAUUUUGUUAUUUAUGAAAGUAUUAAGCAAAAACUACUGGACUAUAAGGCUCCUUCUACGGUGGAAAAUGAUGAAGAGUCUGUAAAAGAAGCUUCAGAUUUUGUGGGAAUGAUGCUAGCUGCUGCCACCUCAAAAACUUGUGCCACAACUAUAGCAUAUCCACAUGAAGUUGUAAGAACGAGACUACGUGAAGAGGGAACAAAAUACAGAUCUUUUUUUCAGACACUAUCUUUGCUUGUUCAAGAAGAAGGUUACGGGUCUCUUUACCGCGGUCUAACGACUCAUCUGGUGAGACAGAUUCCAAACACAGCCAUUAUGAUGGCCACCUAUGAACUGGUGGUCUACCUACUCAAUGGAUAGCAGCCUCGGGCUGCCAUGAUAUAAAAAGGGAAGACCAAAAGAUGACAGUGGACCAUGGAGUAUCGAAGCAGCGUGGUGGACAGAAGAAUAGUUGGGAACAUGUAACUAUGCCUAGGUGGAAGUUUGGUUGUAGGAAUUAAAGUGAUCACAACCACAUUACUUGGCCUUUUCAGUAAUGUAAAAAAAAUCUCAGCUGCCUCCAAGAAAGAGCCUUCAGAAGCACUCCUUCCUCAAAAUUGCCAUUUUCUCUACCAUGUCCGUGGGACACAGUUGCAUUUUAUUGAUCUGUGGCAGUCAGAGUAGUGUUUAUUCCAUGAGCGCUUUUCCGAUCUUCUAAACAAAGCCAUCCCUAAUUAUAUACUAUACUGUAAGUAUCCAAAGAUAGUAUUGACAGUCAUAAGUUUCUAACUUCAGGCUGCUGUUUAAUUCGUGUAAAAUUGUAAAAUAACACCAAUAAUAGUGAGAGCCUCGGUGUUCAUGUUUCCUUCAGUGGCUCUGGCACAAUAUUUUAAAGUUAAUUAGUAGUCAGUGUUUUUGACAAGCAAUGAAAUAGUGUAUAAAUAUCUUGUAUGUUUUUAGCUUUAAAAUGUUUUGGUUUUCACUGCUUACAGAUGCUUGAUGUUUAGCAUAAUGUGGACACUUAGAUUGUUUGUUAACAUAUCAAAGUCAAAUUGUAAUCAUUUGGGACAAAAUAAACCAGUAAAAUGUUGAUUCGCAGUCCUUUCAGUAACUUGAGCAUGUCCUCGUAUCUUGUUUAACGUUAUGGUACAUGAAUGAGUGCAGUUGUCUUCAGUGAUUUAUUAGUUACGAACUCGAAUUAUCACCUAUCAUCUAGGUAGAAUUUUCUUAAAGUGGAAAAAAUUUACCACUUAACGAAUCUUUCUCUAUUUGCUUUCACAUUAAGAAUUUGAAUCUUUGAAUUGUUUCUAGAAGAUCUGUAUAGAUUGCCUUUAUUUUGUAGAGAAAAUGGUAAUUUUCAGUUAUGCCAUUGCAAGUUUUUGUGGUUUUUUUGUUGUUUUAAGGCAACAUAAAUAUCUGGGGCAAUAUAAACAGAACAAGGGCCCUCUCCUGUCUGAGUAAGCAGGUAGAGAUCGUAAUUGACGUAAAGUUUUGUAAAUGAACAGACUGCUUUGACAAGAAAUUUAUUCUGUCCUAAUUUCUUGAAUGGUAACUCAUAGAAAGUCACGUUAAUUCAGAGUAAGUGUGCUAACAGGAUAUAGCUUUUACAUUUUGCUAUUGAGUUAAACUGCACCAUUUAAUACUUUAAAUGUAUUAUAUGUAUGGCCCUUAUAAAGAUAUUUGCUGUAACUCUGUUAAGAGACGUUUGCUUAUGGAUAUUGCUAUACUGAUGUAUAAAAUUUCUAGUUAAGCUCCAGUGUGGUACUCAUUUCAGUAUAUGUGACCCGUACAUUUUGUGCAAUGGCUGUAUCUUAAGAAUGACUCUGUGGAUGCACUUUGUGGCCUUUUUUUGAUGGAUGAGAGUGGAGAGAACUCCAUGUUAAGAUUGUUUUUUUUAAACAUUGGUCAUGUAUUAGGCAGAAAUAGUGUUCGUAACAUUUUUCUGGGUUUUAGGGUUGUUAUUUUGGAGAUCUUUAAUAUAAAUGUUUUAAGUAUUCUGUGUACACUGUAGUGCCCCUAACGUAGACAUUUUAGCAUGUCAUUGCAAGCUUUCUCUGCUGUCACCAAUGAAACAUAGUGCCCUCUUAAAUUCCUCCACCUUCUUAACUUGUAAUCAGCAGGAACUGGAUGUUUUUGAGGUGCUUCGACUGGAAUUAAAAAUAUUCCAAUCUGUUAGGAGACCAAAGGCAAAUUUAGUUUCAUUACCUUUGGAAUUAUUCGUACCUUUUAUGGUGAAUUUCAGCUUUGAUAUUUAUUAUGAGGAACAUGCCAAAAAAAAAAAACAGUAACAGGGGUUUUAACUUAAAUCUGUAGAGAAAGUCUCAAUCUAUAGUGUUUGCCUUUUCACCUGCCACAUACACUGCCUAAUGCAGUGCCAUUUGCCUUGUGAAGACUCGUAAACAUUAGUUGUGUUGAAUGUAGGACAGACUCUCCUAAUCUUAACGAUCUCAGUACUCCACAAAUGACUAAAGAUGAUAUGAAAACCAGCAGCUAAGGAACAUUUUAUUAUUUAGUUGUAGCAAAUUAUAACAAGUGUCCUUCAAGGAUGAGGAUGUAUUCUAUUCCUGUUUGUAUUUAGCAAGUAAAACUUACGUUGGCCUUUAGUGCAUUAUAUUCAACUUUUAAAAGUGAGUAUUACGUAUGUAGUAGAAGGAAAGAGACCUUAGACUCUUAGACUUUCUUUGUGCACAAAUGGAAACGAAGUUGAAGUUUUCGCCAAAGCACAAUCUGCUGUAGUUUACUUUGAGUGUGACAGAGAUAAUUUAAAAAAGAAAACUAUGUGUAUAAAUUGUAUAUAAAGCUUAUCUCUGAAACAUUUAUUUGGAGUUUUUUUUUAAUUGAUACACAUAAUUAAAAAGAAAAACAUACUGAAAGCAUUGGACUUUUUUUUUUUAACUGUUUUCAUCUGUUUUCUAUCAGAUAACUUUUUAUUUCUGGUAUAGAGGUAGUCAGCAUUCUUCAGAUUGGUAUGUGCUUUUAUGAUAGAAUCUUCUCAGAAAAUUGAACUGAACUUAAAAGCAGUAAAUACUGAAAGAGCAUACUCUCCUAGAGUGGCAGAUAGAGUGCUAGUAUCUGUAGCUUAUAGAAGCAGUUUCCUAAAUUUCAAGUCCAAAUCUAAGAAUUACCAACCCUGUGAUUGUGGGAUACCAUACAGUGCUUUGAAACCCAGGAAACAAUCACCAAAGCUUUGUCUUAAUUUUCGUUGUGUCUGUAACUUUGUGGACCUGACCUUACUAGAUGGGGCCCACAAGUAAUUGAUUUGUACCUGAAACCAAGAUAGAGAACAUCAUUAGAUGAUUUAACCCAGGCUUUGUCUCCUAAGGCCUCGUGCCCAUUGUGUAAUAGCGUUGUUGUAUUAGGACCAGCAGAGUUCAGGUGGUUAGAGAUAAUGAGUGUUUUUACUCUCUAGAGUGUAAACAUGUCAGUGUUUUUAGAUUUGUUUUAAAUCAAAAAAAUUUUGACUUGAACUUGAAGAAUGUAAGUGCUGGAAAUCAGAUGUCUAUCCUUUUCCUCCUCUAGCAUUGUUUGUGCUCGUCUUUUGUUGCUUUCAUGCUCUUCUGCCCAGACGGUUAGUACUUUGGGCUGAUAAAUAGUUCAGCCUUUUUCUCCUUUAAUAUUGUUCAUGACUUUAACAUUCCUAAGAAUACAAACAUUUCUGAUUUAAAUUGGAAGGAAUUUUAAUUAAAUAAAAGUGUUUAAUCUAAUGUACUAAUUUUCUCUCCACUCAGAUCUCUUCUCCAUCAUGCCCCUAUAUUUCUUGUUAAUCCAUACACUGCUUUUAUGCUACUCCUUUUAGAAACUGAAAAUUCUAGUUUCACUCAGUUUUUGUGUUAAUGUUGUGAAUGUGUACCCCUGCAUAUGUGAAUAAUUAAAUUAUGACCUGUCAGUCAUAACUAAAUAAUCAACUUCAAAAGAGUUGAUUAUCUUUUGACCAUUUAUGUGAGGUUUGCUAUUCUUGCAUUUAUGUACAUGGCUGUAAAUUAUAUGCAUUUACUCUGUAUUUAUGUUAACUAGCUGAAUUUUAUUUGAAUUGUUAAAAUUCAGAAAAAUAAAAUAUGCUUAUGAAAACA